GGUUGUUUGGUUUUUCUGAUGAACAGGAUUUUAUUGGAAAGGAAAUCGUUAAAUGCAUGGAUUUGGCCAAGGAUGGGAUCCAUUCUGUUCUUUUGGUUUUGUCUGUGCAAUCACGAUUUUCUAGUGAAGAACAAGCAGCUGUCCUAACCUUUGAGAAGUUCUUUGGUGAAAAGUUUAAAGAUUACAUGAUUGUUGUCUUUACUGGUGGAGAUGUACUUAAAGAUCAGUCUUUGGAUGAGAAGUUGAGUGAUGAUGUUUUUGGUACUUCCACCCAUUUUUUUUUUAAUAUUGUGAAGCUUCUUGAUCAGGCAUUGGAGGUUAAUUCCUUAAUUGACGCUUUUAAGCAUGUGACAAAUGAGUUGAAGGAGCUAAAACCAAGGUCUUACGAGGAGCAGCUUGCACGGCUGACUGAAAAUGCACGUCAUUAA